GAAAGGUCACAAGAUCACUGCAAAGAUGGCAGCCUCCAUGGUGGAGCAUGGAGAAGAUGCUUUUAGAAAAUUGUUCAAGUUUUACAAGAGGAGAAGUCCUCCUCCAGACUUCAGUGACGUGCUUAAUUUCGCCAAACCUUUUAAUGACAAGAUGUUUGCCUGUGAACUUAACUCCACUUCUGUAAGCGAGGAAGAUGUUUCCAAAGCUGGUCUUCAGCCGGUAAAAGACUGGAGGGCAUUUGGUCUUCAUGGAUAUCCAGGGUUUAUCUUUAUAUCCAAUCCAUUCCUGCCGGGUUCUCAGCAGUACUGGGUAAAGCAGUGUUUGAAGAUGUAUCCACAGAAACCCAACAUGUGUAACCUGGAUAUGCAUAUGUCACCUGUGGAGACUGAAAAUAUCUGGGAAAAAAGUAUAGAUAUUAUUCGGAAGAAAGGCUGUGGGAAAAGAGAGCCCAAAACUCUGCUAGAAAAACUGCGCUGGGUAACACUGGGUUACCACUAUGAUUGGAACUCCAAGACUUACUCUCCAGACCACUACACUCCCUUCCCCAAGGAACUUCACUCGCUUUCUCAUAAAGUGGCAGCAGCCUGUGGCUUUCCUGGUUUCAAUGCAGAGGCGGGCAUUCUCAACUACUACCGAUCUGAUUCCUCGCUUGGAAUCCAUGUUGACGAAUCAGAGCUCGACCAUACCCGACCUUUGUUGUCUUUCAGUUUUGGGCAGACUGCUGUUUUCCUGUUGGGCGGGACUAAGAGGGAAGACCGGCCCACAGCCAUGUUCAUGAACAGUGGUGAUGUAAUGGUGAUGUCAGGACCCAGUCGCCUACUGUAUCAUGCCGUACCCUGCAUCAUCCCCAACCCCGCUGGAGACAUGCUGCCACCCUGCCUGGGCCAGAGACUAGAGACGGAGGACCAUGACAUCAUCCAAAGUGUGUCAGAAGAGGAUUGGGACGUUUGCUCCUGGUACUUGCAGACGUCUCGGGUAAAUGUGACCGUUCGACAAGUACUUGCUUCUGGUCAGACCUUUCCAAGUUCACAGGCAUCACAUUUGUCAAUGGACAGCUGUGAGAAAUCAGAGGAAGAAACUCAAAAAAAUAAGAAGAGGAAAAGCGAAUCAGGCUAUGAGCAUGACACCUAACGUGCCUGUUUUGAAUGUCAUCCAAAUUUUAUUUAUGUAAGAUGCACCUGGUAUAAACAAUUGUACAUAUAACUACAAAUAAAUGCAUUAUUGUGAUCACUUCC